GUUGGCAUACGUCAUACGUUUCUCGAUCAUCCACGCACUUGAUAACGUAUCUGUAGCUUAAUAUAAAAGUUGUUAUUGCGAGAAUAGGUAUCACUUUCCAUCGUUACUACAGCCGAUACUAGUCAGCGAAGCGAAACUCGCGUCUGCAAUUUCUCAAUAGUUAAAUAUCGAUCUGUGUGAUCGCGUAUGUGCCGUAAUUGUUCCCAACUUUGGAAGAAGAUAAGAUUGGCAGGUGGAGGAGGCAGCGGAUCCAGAAACGCUGCGAAAGUGUGAAUAACAUGUUAUAACUGAAAACGAGGAAGAAAGAAAGGACGACAGACUCAAGGAAUCAACUACGUUGAGAAUAAUAGAACAUUUCUUCUCUUCACCGGUGACUGAUCUGGAAAUUAGUCUCACAAUGAUGACCACAGUCCUACUUGUCGUGCUCUUCACGGUAUGUGUUUAUCUGUACAGCAUCAUGAAGGCCAAAAUGACACGCUUCGAGAAGCUGAAUAUUCCACAUGAACGCCCGUGGAUCUUCUUGGGCAAUAUGGCACCCUUUUGCUUUGGGCGUAUGUCUAUGACGGAGACUCUCCAAACGCUAUACAAACGUUUUUCGUAUGCAAAAUACUUUGGCUUGUACAAUUUCACGACGCCGGUCUUUAUGAUUCGCGACCCAGACCUCAUCACGUCGAUCGCCAUCAAAAACUUCGACAAUUUUUGCGAUCACCGUAAUUUCGUAAACCAAGAGCUUGAUCCAAUAGCCAGCAGAAAUCUAUUCGGUCUGCGAGGCGAUCAUUGGCGCGAGAUGCGGAAGCUACUCAGUCCAGCCUUCACGUCCAGUAAGAUGAAGAUGAUGUUCGGAUUAAUGACCGAGUGCGCCGACAAUUUCAGCAAACAUAUGGCCAACACCUCCAAAAUCAGCAGGACGAUAAAUGUGAAAGCAGAAAUGUGCAAGUACGCCAACGAUGUAGUGGCCACAUGCGCGUUCGGCAUCAGCUUGGACUCGUUCAAACAUCCAGACAACGAGUUUUACCUUCUGGGCAGAGAGGCCAUAAACUUCGAAAGCGGUUUAUCUUUUAAAUUCUUCAUGAAUAUGAACUUCCCAGAAAUCGCGAAAUUUUUCAAAAUACGAGUAUUUAAUGAAAAGAUCGAGAACUUCUUUAAAGAAGUUGUCAGUAGUUCGGUGAGGAUCAGAGAUGAGAAGGGUAUUACACGUCCGGACAUGAUUCAGUUGAUGAUGGAAACCAGGGACAAAAGUACAGGGCCAGCGUUCGAUAUGGACGAGAUGACAGCCCAAGCUUUCGUUUUCUUCAUCGGUGGAUUUGAUUCCGUGUCAUGGGUAAUGUGCUUUUUAGCACACGAGGUCGCGGUGAAUCCCGAUGUUCAGAGCAAGCUGAAAGCCGAGAUCGAGCAAGUCCUCGAGCAGAACGACGGAAAACCUACUUACGAGGCCAUAAAUAGCAUGAAGUAUAUGGAUGCUGUGAUAACCGAGUGCCUAAGGAUGUAUCCGUUAGGAGCCUUCCUCGACAGACUAUGCGUUAAGGAGUUCGAAUUACCACCGCCGACUCCGAAUAGCAAACCAAUUACUGUGAAACCUGGAGAGAGCAUCUGGUUCUCGAGUUAUCCGCUGCAUCGUGACCCCACUUAUUAUCCGGAGCCGGACAAAUUCAAUCCAGACAGAUUUCUGAACAGUCACACGGACAGCUCGAUUUAUCUGCCGUUCGGUAUUGGGCCUAGAAUCUGCAUAGGUAACAGAUUCGCCCUGAUGGAGAUGAAAGUGAUGCUAUUUUACAUUCUAUGGCGAUGUACUCUCGAACCCGAUACCAAAACUAGAAUUCCGAUGGUACUGAAGAAGCGGUCGUUGAUGAUGAUUCCGGAUGGUGGCUUCUGGUUAAAAAUACGAGCCAGAGAAUCGACAGCUCCCGUUGCACAAUAAAUACUUGCUGGGAGACCGGAUGCAGGGACAAAGAUAUAUAAACUAUAAUUUUGGUAACAAUUACUUCAAAUAUGAUACGUGUGUAUCGCCUGAAUUGUGAACUUAAUUAAGUUUUACUUUCCAUGUUUAUCAUUUGCAUAUCCUAUAUAUAAAGAAUAUGCUAAGAAACGCAAAAAUGAAAAUCUGAAAAAGAAAAUUCAUUUGAAACUAUGAAUUAAAUAAUUCGAAACUUCUUUUUUUUUUACGAAUAAUGUAAACCGAGUCAACUUGAAUCAUUUUCAUCACGUCGUCUUUUAACAAAGAAAUCGCGUAUUCAACGCCUGCCAUUAAAUUUGAUUGCGAUAGCAAAAAUUCAUCAAUUGUCACAUUUGCGGUGUAAGGUAGCAGCUGUUAGGCUUAUCAUGUGGAAUGAACUUGAAAUGUUAUUACGCAUCGGCGUGACUUUAGCUCUAUGCAAACCUAGAUAAGCGCUCAUCAUUUCAAGUAGCUUUUCAAGGGAAUCGACAUAUAAAUGGCGCUCAAUAUGACAUUGAUUUUCAAUAUUUUAUUUUCCCUCUCGGUGUAACGGAAUUUUAAGAUACCCUAAAGGCCGUCGCGCGGAGAAAUACUCUAUAGGAGGAAAAAGUUAAGGUAAAAUCACUGCGAAAUAAAAUUUUAAUGCCUGUAAUAAAUGAAUCAACGAUAAGAUUCUCUACAAAUUUCUUUGGAAACGAUGAAUCUUUUAUGCAUGUUGUAAUGUGUGUAUACCGGUACACAAUAACAAAGCGGUUUUAUUUCUUCUCUUGAAUGAAAUGUGCAUCGACUCAAAAGCUUUCUCUUGUUUUCAUCGGUGAAUGAAACCGGAUUUAUGUCGUGGCGACUAUGAACGCGAGCGUGAAAUGCGUCUUGCACGCAUCUUGACGAAAGUUGCACGAUAAAUAUUGUUCAUUCUGUAUAUUUAUCGGGACUUUCGACUCGUUUUACUUCUUAUCGCGGUAGUAUAGUAUCAGCAAGAUCAACACGAGACAACAAGAUAUUUCUCAAGGAUUUUGCGCAUUUACGGUCACCGUCGAAAAUCUCAUAAUAAAAUAAAACAACUAAA